AUGCAUUCAGCUACAACCCCACCCUUCUAUCAACUUCUCACCUUCCGACCAAAGCUUCAAUCUUUCCAAUCAACAACUCCCACCCUUCUCUACUCCCCAACAAUGUCUUCACUUUCUGGUGUUGGAAUCAGAGCGAAACCACUUUUUGCGUCGGUUAAUCCAUCUUCGUCUUCAUCUUCAUCCCCAUUAGCAGGAGAUGAUGGGUUUGUCACAUUGAUAGAGUAUUUGGGUAAGGGAGGAGGAAUUGGCGUCAACGAUGAUUUGGUGGUGUUGAUUGAUCACCUACAGUAUGCUUGCAAGAGAAUUGCAGCUCUUGUUGCUUCUCCUUUCCAUCAUACUAUUGGAAAACAAACGGGUCUUGCUCAUACGCCAAACACUCUUUCUAAUAGGGAUGCUCCAAAGCCUCUUGAUCUUAUCUCGAAUGAAAUGAUCUUGUCCUCACUUACAAAAUCUGGAAAAGUUGCUGUCAUGGCUUCUGAAGAAACUGAUUUACCUACCUGGAUAAGUGAUGACGGUCCGCGUCUUGAGGAGCUAGAUAAUCUACCUACAGAAGAGAAGGCUUUGCUGAAUUCACUCCAAACUGGGAAUAGGCUGAUAGCUGCUGGCUAUGUUCUAUAUUCAUCUGCAACUAUACUCUGCAUCACCUUUGGCUCUGGUACACAUGCAUUCACGCUCGACCGCUCAACGGGAGACUUCAUUCUCACAAAUCCAAACAUUAAAAUUCCUCCUCGCGGGCAAAUAUAUUCUGUGAAUGAUGCAAGAUAUUUUGAUUGGCCUGAAGGUUUAAGGAAAUAUAUAGAUACUGUGAGACAAGGAAAAGGUAGAUAUCCUAAGAAGUACUCUGCAAGGUAUAUAUGUUCGCUGGUGGCGGAUCUCCACCGAACUUUGUUGUAUGGGGGAGUGGCUAUGAAUCCGAGGGACCAUCUUCGACUUGUUUAUGAAGCAAACCCUCUUAGUUUCAUUGUGGAGCAAGCUGGUGGAAGAGGGUCCGAUGGGAAAAGUAGGAUUCUUUCACUUCAACCAGUUAAACUUCACCAAAGACUUCCUCUCUUUUUGGGGAGUUUGGAAGACAUGGAAGAGUUGGAAAGUUAUGGAGAUGUACAACAAAAAGUAAAUCCUGGUUAUGAGGUUUGA